GCGCCCGCUGGGUACAGCGUGACGUUAGUGGGGGGGCACUCUUUAAAUCCAUAUGACUGUGGGUGGCAGCUUUGACAGAGUGGGUGGGUGAAUGUGUGCGGGGCAUGUGAGUGGCAGAGUAUAUAUGGCAGGGAUUGAUUGGCACUGAUGGAGAGCAGUUAAUGCCAGUUUGACGAGGUGCGUGCGGGUGGCAGACCUGAUCUGACUGGUGGCGUUAAUUUUAAGAAAUGACUCUCACUGAGAGGCGGUUUGAGGGGCAGCUCUUACCCGUAUGAUGUGAUUCUCACCGACUGAUUGGAUCUUUAAACUGUAAAUCCUGAGGCGUCACUCUCGGAUUAAGGGACACCUGUGGGACAGCUGUGCCACCAAGAUCAGCUCAGGACUUCAUGAGCCAGAGUACAGGAUGUGGCACUCCAUUUUGAACCCGGUGAGGCGGUUCCCCUGGAUCACCAAUGUCGCCCUGUAUGGGUCCCUCUUUGCAGGGGGCGACUUGGUUCACCAGGGUUUCAGCAGGAGAGCCGACUUCAACUGGAGGCAGACCCGGAACGUGGCUGUGGUGGCCUUCUCCUUCCAUGCCAACUUCAACUACGUGUGGAUGCGAUUUCUGGAGCGCAGCUUUCCAGGCCGGGCGGCCGGCGUGAUCCUGAAGAAGGUCCUUCUGGAUGUGACCGUGGGGGGCCCUCUGGCCAUCAGCGCCUUUUACACAGGGGUCAGCCUGAUGGAAGGUAAGAAGGACCCUCUUCAGGAUUGCCGGGAGAAAUUCUGGAAUACGUACAAGACUGGUUUCAUGUAUUGGCCGUUCAUGCAGACUCUGAAUUUCCUGCUCGUCCCCCUUUACCUGCGCACCAUCUUCACCGGCUGUGCCGUCUUCCUCUGGGCGACAUUCCUCUGCUUCUCGCGGCAGAGUGGCGACGGGACAGCGGCAGCCGCCUUCUCGUGGAUGAAGUCGCGGAGAAAAGUGCCCCGCGUGUCGGCUGGGAAAGACGAAAAGUAAGGAAGAGGAAGAGCUGGUGAGCAAGAGGAGGAGAAGUGGUUGCCUUUUCAACUCUGACGACUUAUCUGGCUGGAUGGCAUUUUUUUUUUUUUUUGGUUUUUCAGAGCUAUUUAUCUUUUUUUGGGGGUACACACCAUCGCGGCACACGUUGAUACCCUUUACGAAGCCGACAAAGUCACAGGGUGGCAGCACUCGACAACGAGAGAACUGUGAGCAGGGCCUCGGUCGGUCCGAGUCACGGAGAGUCAGAGUUAAGUGGGAGACAAAAAGGGUUUAGAGUUACGCCGGACCCCGGUGGGUGAGCUUGGCAGUAGGAUGAAUCAGGAAGUGAAAUUCCUGCCAGUCAUGCCAAGGCCUGAAUGGCAGACAGCUGGUUUGCAAUAUGGGUCAUGUCACAACAAGAGAAGUGUGAGCAGGGCCUCAGAUGGACAGUGUAAUGGAACUCCACAAUGCUUGGGGAUCAAAUGGCCAGCUCAAUAAACAGGAAGUGACAUCACAGCCAAUCAUGCCAAAGCCCAGCUGGCACACUGAGGUUUUUGUUACCUGAGGCAGAUUACAACUUGAGGACUGUCAACAGGGCAUCGGCCAUAUUGGGUGACACAGCAUCACGGUAAUGUGGGACUGUAAGGUGACUCGAGACACACCAGCCAGCCAUGCCCAGAGUCCACAUGGCAUCCUGGCACUUCAUAAUUUGUGAUAGGCACCUCAGAACAUGAGGACUGCCAGCAGAGCCUCGAUCAGGCCAGGUAACAAACACAAUAUCACGAUAAAGUGGGACUAUAAGAUGACUUUGGGGGGAAAAGACACCCCAGCCAGCCAUGCCCAGAGUCCACAUGGCAUACUGGCACUUCAUAAUUUGUGAUAGGCACCUCAGAACAUGAGGACUGUCAGCAGGGCCUCGGCCCGAUGGUGUCCUGGAGCUCCACGGUAAAACGGGAGAGCAAAACGACUUCUGUGUUACUCCAGACCACAAUCAAUGGGUGAGUUCACCAUUAAGACAAAAUCAGGCAAAGAAAGUCUAGCCAGCCAUGCCAGAGUUUACCAAGUGCCAGUCUGCCAUUUAAUUUGUGACAGUAGUAUCAGAACAUGAGGACUGGCUGCAGGGUCGUGAUCAACCCAGGUAACACAUAACUAUAAGAUAACUUUGGGGAAAAAGACAUCCCAGCCAGUCACAGCAGAGUUUGCAUGGCAGACUGGCACUUUGUAACUUGCAAUAAACACUUCACAAUGUGAGGACUGCCAGCAGGGCCUCAGCCAUACCAGGUAAGACAGCGUCACAGCAGAAGUCAGGCAAGUACACUCUAGCCAGUUGUGCCCGAGUCUAAAUGGCCAAGUGGCAUUUUGUAAUUUGUGACAUGGGUAAGCCCCAUGAUAAGACUAAUUGGGAAGUAAAAUGCCAGCCAGUGAAGCCAGACUCCAAGUGGCACACUGGCACAGACACUGUAGAACAUGAGGAUUGUGAGCAGGGGCUCGGCCCGCCUGAGCAAUGGUGCGCCACCAUACAGUGGGAGAUACAAAGGGGCAGCUCACCAACCGUUUAGGUACAACAGUAAUGUAGUAGCUGUAAAUGGGGGUCCACUUUGGAACGGCGCUAUAUAAGAGACAGUGUAACUCUGGGCGAACCGUCCUGACCCGUCUAAGAGACCCUCGGUCGGUAUUCACUACGUAAAGGCGCUAUAAUUCCCCUGUACUCUGUCCUUUGUCUGCUGUUCCUCCGCCCAGAGCUGCCUUUACGUUUUGUUCUCGUCUGUUGAUUUUGAUUUUUGCCCUGCUGAUGUAUUGUGAUCCGAUUUGCUCCUAAUGGCGGUACGUGCUGUUAACGGCACGACAGACAAUUCAGAUUGAUUGACGCCACCUGCCGAGCCUCAGCUGUGCCGCUCCUGUGAAGGACACUUGCGCGAUGGUCACUGCGGACAGACUGGCGCUACAUGAAGUGGGAUUGUUAGACCUGUUCGUCCUGCACCAGGAUCAUCGCACUUCUGUUUACACUUUGAGUUCGCCGGCCACUUCAGUGGAUUAAAAAGGCCGAAUUUCUGUAAAAACUUCAAAAGGGUAGCUGAGCCACCAUUAAGAAUUGGAGAAGUGAAAAUGCGUGGCCAGCUUUCUGAAAGCCAAACGUGUCUGUUAACAUCAGGGGGGUGGCUGAAAGUGUCCGAGUCUUUGUCAUUUUGGGAUUUAGAUUUCCGAUUGUGAGUCAGAUUGUAAUUUGAAGUUCUGUUGGACCAAAACCAGUGCGGGACUGAAUGACAGCUUCCGGUCUGGCUGAUUAAAACUGUCACUGACUGAAUAAAAGUGUCACUGGCUGAA